AUGGCGUUAGCGCCGCCGUCGAUCCACCUGGUUGAUGACAGAGAUCUUGACGACGCAGAGCUAUGGGCCGUGAUCGACUCUGCUGCUGCUUCUCGGUCGUCUUCCAGAGCCAGGAAGCCGCUUCUCUCCCUCCAGAACGGCUCCCCCAACGUCAGCACUGUUCCCAAUUUAGCUGCCGGACGUUCGGGGAAACUCGUCCCCAGAAACCCUAGUUUCCAGCGGGUUAAGGUGGAAGAAGUUCGCGCUCCUCCGGAUGGGGAGGUUGUGCAGGAAGAGCAGUGGAACCACCACCGCCCCGCCAAGAUGGCGCGCUUCGUCGACCAUAGGUCGUACAGAGGUGAUCAGAUGGUCUAUGUCAGGCAUCCAUCAGAGUCACCGACGGUAUCUUCGCCGUCGCCAUCCUCAGACAAGGGAAGACUCUCAAUCCAAGGUGUUAACCCGAUGUUGGAAGCCGCGCGACUGGAUUUUUGUCAAGUUGAGGACGCGGAGAAUCUGAACCACGGCUUAUCUGGGAGGUUCCCUUCUGUGACCUUGUUCAAGCAGUACCAGAAUGCUGCCAUGUCGGUGAGUGUUUUUGUUUACAUACUACUCUUCUUUUUCUUUCUGUUCUCGUCAAUUGUUUCUGGCGGUUGUUGGCCCUUUUUCCCCACCUUAUUCGUAUGGGUAGUUAUUUUGCCGGAGAGAUCAUUACAAACUAAUAAAUGAAGAACUUUGUUCUCCGCAUCAGACGACAGUGUUAUCCUAGAAGUUUCACUGAAAGACUAGUGGAUUGCAAUCCUGACCUCCUGAGUGACGCUAUCAUCACCUAGCUUCGUGACUUUGCUGAGUGUUGACUUUUGAGGUGCUAGUUGAUUUUUCCUUGACAACACUUGGAAGCCGAUUCAAAGCAUAUAGAAUAACCGUAGCUUGUAGUGUUAGCAACGAGUUGGAAAGCAGGUCGUGAUGGGAGCUGCUAUUUUAAUCACUUCACGAACCAACUAUACUCAAGAAGUUAUUUUGAGAAGGCUCAUUAUUAGACAGACUUAGUGUUUUUUUAUCACGUUAUCUCUAACAUCACAAAUCAGUAUUUCCACAUCUCGAUAUUUAAUCCAAUUCAGCAGUAAAUGGAGAAAUUGUGUGGUGAAAAUGGGGAAAAUAUAUUUUUUCGGUGCUUCCUCUGCGAGAGUGAGUGCAGAGUGGAGAAAGUUGACAUCUGCUGAAUGGGUUAGAAUCUUGGUGGUAGAGUGUGUUCUUUGAAUUAAAGCCUAUAGAAGCUACCAAAUAAGAAUUGAACUGGGGAUAUGGCUUGGAAAUAGGCCUUUCUUAGCUCCUGAUGGCGUGGCAUUGCUGAUCUGUUGGCUAUCCAUUCUGGCGCUGUAAAUCUACGCCAAUCUCUGACGACCUUAUACAGGAUUUCCCAGGUGUUUACUUCUUAGUAGUUUUUUUUUUUGAAAGAAAUCAAAAAAUCGAUUUCAGUGAAGGAAACUAUGCAGAGUUUUGUUAUGAAAUAGAGACGACUUUAUUCUCUUCUCCAGUUCCCCACUUUGCUUCCUAUGAAUGGGAUUUGGCUUUUGUUCAGACCAUAUCCUCUGCAAUAUUUCCCCUGGCCAAAGGAAGCAUUCCGUUCCUUUUGUACUACUUUCAUUUCCAAUCUGCUGCGCCUCUCUAUAAAUGGCUUGCUUAUCCCUUGCUCAUUUGUUGAAGAGAACAAUGCCACGACAUUAUCUAACGUUUUUUUUCAUGCAGUGUGAUGAAGUUUCCUGUAUCAAUGCCAUCCAAGGUCCUGAGACUUGAACAAAUAACUUAUAAAUUAUAGGUUAUGUACAGCACAAGUUACAUAUUUAAUGGAAGAGAUACAAAACAUGAAUCGGAAUAGCGGAGGAUUCCGUAUUGGUCAAAGGUCCAUCCAUGUGCAACGAAAAGAAUGGAAUAACGAGGGUUGGGUUACCCGUCAUUGGAAUGUCUUUAUUUUUCUAUCAAUGUGCAUUGCAUGUCGCAUGAAUCCUUGCACGUUUUGUCGCCUUUUCCUUUCGACUGUUUCUUAACCUUAAUCAUGUUUUUUUGUGGCAUUUUAAUGAGCAGAUACUAGAGAAAGGUGAUUACACAGUAAUUUCUGGGAAUCCCUUCAUCAAAAAAUCAGGUAAUUUUGUCAGUCUAGCGUUCUGUCUUAAAAUAUUGAGUGGGCAUUUCGUGAAAGUGUAUAAUUGGUAUGUGUCAACAGGAUGGAGGAAGAUAGCUCUUUUCUUCAACAUAUCUUUCGAGAUUAAAGAUAAAUCAAUUGAAUUUGAUGAAAACAGAAAUGUAGUCCGAGCUGAAUUUGUGGUCCGUGCAUUCAUGCGGUACAAGAUUUUUAUUUCUCGUGUACUGCUCAUUAAGCAAACAUACUUUUGCAAUACUUUCUUAUAAUCUUUCAGUUAUUCUAAUUUGUAUUGCCCUUCUCAUCGCAAGCAGUGGUGGCAGAUUCUCUGACGGAUGGGGUUCAUGCGAACGCCGCGAAAAAAGAUUUUCUAAGCCAAACCAUGAUAUACCCAGUACUGCAGAAACCAGAGCGAAGAAUAAGGCAUGCCAGGUAAGUCUGGCAUCUUCGGGCUUGUUCUCUCUGAAUCUGCUUUUAGUUAUCCUUGAAUCAGCAAUAUAUUUAUGGCAAAUCCCUUUUUCCAGGAUGUUCUUGACUUCGUAGUAGGUUUCAUCGUUUUUUCUGGCAGAAGCAUAGAUUCUAUUUGUAGUGAAAAAAAAAAAACCUUUUUUUCUACAUUUCUCGACAUAAUAUAUCAAGCUUCUGCUUGUGUUCAUCUUUAUAUCCGAUCUACAAAAGGAAAGCAAAUAUGUCAUUCUAAAGCUCCCAACUUUUACUCUCCGAAUGAGCUAAAUCCUUUAUUUCUGAAUCUAUCUUGAUCCCUUAUUAUGAGCUCGAUCCCCAAACCCUCCCUCUCUCUUGAGCAAAAUCAUGUUCCACGAACUAAAUUUCUCCGCAUGUCGGAUAUUUUGAGUGAAUUACUGUGAAACUUAGCUUGAAUCCACACCAACUCGCACAACCCAAACAACAGCCCCACAGGAACCUCCCAUCCUCAAAGUACGAGCGAAUUUUAUUGCUCCGGCUGAAUGACUGCCUUCAUAUCUCUCGAGAUUUUUCUUCAUCAGCAUGGAAUUUUUCUUCUAACCAGGACUUGGUUGGAAUCGGGGAGUACCGGCAUGGUGUGAAUGGCAGCCCGAGGUAA